AUGGUUGAUGUUCUUCAUUCAUUUGUGGAUGUUAAUCAACGAUUUAAUCAAUUAGCAUUUGAUUCUCUUUAUAUUCAUGAUCUUAAUAUGACUACUAUUAUGGAUAUCAGUUCAUUGUACGAUCAAACUUCUUUAAUAGAUCCUAAAGUUCUUUCAAGAAUUUGUGAAAAAGUCUUACCUCGAAUUCACGAUCAAAUAUAUAAACUUACUGUUGAAGAAUAUUCAAUCAAUCAAAUUCUUCUUGCUUCGAAUUAUCCUAAAAUAUAUUCAUUAUCACUUGUAAAUUUUCAUGAAGUAAUAUUUUAUCAAUAUUUAAUGGAUAAUUUAAUUCUUCGUAAUCUUAUCAAACAAAUAACACAUCUUAAUAUUGAUAUUAAAGAGACAACAGAACAUUGUUCGGAAAUUGGUUCAAAAAUUUUUGCAUUAAUCUUAUCUUUAUGUAAAAAAUUAAUUGUUUUGAAUUUUUGUUAUAUGUUUCCUACACGAAAUUAUUCACCUCCACUUUAA